AUGCAUGCUGAGUUGAAGUCUUUCUUGGAGACCGAUUUCGCCUCCUACCUUCACCUUGGCGAUCUUGACAUGGAAAGUCUUCUCCUGUUGUGCAGUGACCCUGAUGUUGAAAGAGAAUGCCCUAAAGGAAGUACUUUCGGGGUCGGAUCUUCCGCCCCUACCCCAGUUUCAUUCCUUCGGGGGGGGGGGGGUUAUGUUGGCCACCCCGGGACUGAGUUCUCUCCUGGAUCCUGGUCAGACCCAGGAAUGCUAUUAUGCGUUGUUGUUGCUGUUUAA